GCGCUGUUGUCGAUGGCUUCGGAUUGCAUGGGGAUGGAGAGUAGGCUCGUGGACUACGGCCUUAGUCCGUCAGCGUUGUUCUUUGCGUUGAUUGCUCAUUUCGAGCCCUCGAACGUUUUGUCAUUCGCUACAAUCCUACAAGAUGUAUUAGACGUGCGUCGAGUUGAGCUUCAGGAAUACAUGUCCUCAGUAUCUGGAGACAUCACUCGCGAGCUUCCCUCCCCCAUGGAAUAGCUAGCCAUCGACUAUAUCCACAGAGUACAGAACUACAUGGUUUCGAUUGCUUCCGGUAUUUCGGUUUCGCAUGCGGAGUUCAUUACUCAGUCCUAUAACGCCAUUCUCCCAUCAGAACUCCCACACAAACACAUAGUGUUCCGAAUUAAGGGCACCAAGUUUGGCUUGGGAUUUAUGCCCUCGCUGUUCGGGCUCCACUUUCGAGCCGUUUAUAAGAAGGUGGAGCACGCCGAAGCUGGGAAAGGUAAUGAAAUUUGGGAGACCUACAACCUGCCCUUCACAUUCGCGCAGGUCUGGAAAUACAUGAUUCUUCCCGCCGUUGUCCUCGACAAAAGCGGUCCCCAUUUGAUGGAUCCAGAUUCGAUCGCAAUGGUAAAAGGAGGUGUUGUCGGAAAUCACGGUCCAGACGCCGUGGAACCCAGUGUUGACAUAAUCUGUUACACGUUGGCUGAGCUCAGGCGAAGGGGCAAGUUCAAGAACGGAAAACUUUGUUUGGUUGAUUGUCGAUAUGUGGUCAGUACUCUGUACGGGUACUCACUGAUGCGGCCGCUUGGGUUUAAGGACCCAAGCGACAGGUAAGUAGAGCAUGGAAAACCGCCCUGGAGACUUGCGGUCAUGCCUUUAUAAUAAC